CCCCCCAUCCCCGGGAUGACCUCGGCCGGCAGGACCAACCCCUACAGUAUCGUGUCAUCGGAGGAGGACGGGCUGCACCUGGUCACCAUGUCGGGCGCCAACGGCUUCGGCAACGGCAAGGUGCACACGCGGCGCCGGGGCCGAAACCGCUUCGUCAAGAAGAACGGCCAGUGCAACAUCGAGUUCGCCAACAUGGACGAGAAGUCGCAGCGCUACCUGGCUGACAUGUUCACCACCUGCGUGGACAUCCGCUGGCGCUACAUGCUGCUCAUCUUCUCGCUGGCCUUCCUCGCCUCCUGGCUCCUGUUCGGUGUCAUCUUCUGGGUCAUCGCGGUGGCCCACGGCGACCUGGAGCCGGCCGAGGGCCGCGGCCGCACGCCCUGCGUGAUGCAGGUGCACGGCUUCAUGGCAGCCUUCCUCUUCUCCAUCGAGACGCAGACCACCAUCGGCUACGGGCUGCGCUGUGUGACGGAGGAGUGCCCGGUGGCCGUCUUCAUGGUGGUGGCGCAGUCCAUCGUGGGCUGCAUCAUCGACUCCUUCAUGAUCGGCGCCAUCAUGGCCAAGAUGGCUCGGCCCAAGAAGCGGGCGCAGACCCUGCUGUUCAGUCACAACGCCGUGGUGGCCCUGCGCGACGGCAAGCUCUGCCUCAUGUGGCGCGUGGGCAACCUGCGCAAGAGCCACAUCGUGGAGGCCCACGUGCGGGCCCAGCUCAUCAAGCCGCGGGUCACCGAGGAGGGCGAGUACAUCCCACUGGACCAGAUCGACAUCGACGUCGGCUUCGACAAGGGCCUUGACCGCAUCUUCCUCGUGUCCCCCAUCACCAUCCUGCAUGAGAUCGACGAGGCCAGCCCGCUGUUUGGCAUCAGCCGGCAGGACCUGGAGACGGAUGACUUCGAGAUCGUGGUCAUCCUAGAGGGCAUGGUGGAGGCCACGGCCAUGACCACGCAGGCCCGCAGCUCCUACCUGGCCAACGAGAUCCUGUGGGGCCACCGCUUCGAGCCUGUCCUCUUCGAGGAGAAGAACCAGUACAAGAUCGACUACUCCCACUUCCAUAAGACCUACGAGGUGCCCUCCACACCCCGCUGCAGUGCCAAGGACCUGGUGGAGAACAAAUUCCUGCUGCCCAGUGCCAACUCCUUCUGUUACGAGAACGAGCUGGCCUUCCUGAGCCGCGAUGAGGAGGACGAGGCCGAUGGAGACCAGGACGGCCGCAGCCCCCAGGCCCGGCAUGACUUUGACAGACCCCAGGCCGCUGGCGGCGGCCUCGAGCAGCGGCCUUACAGACGGGAGUCGGAGAUCUGA